AUGGCAGAUCCAACAACUGAAGCAAGUAGGUUAGAGGCGUUGUGUAAAAGCCUUGGUAACUUAUGGUCUGAGGAUGAUGUUAUAGAUGUUACACAGGAUAUAUCUACUGAGAAGUUAACUGAAUGCAGGCUUACAUUAUUUGGCAAACUUUACACUCGACCAAAUGUCAAUUUCCAGGCUUUUCUCAGUACAAUGAAACGAGCAUGGAGAAUAGAGAAUUUUUCUUGUACCUCGUUAGAAUUAGGAUUCUUCUCAUUCACAUUUAAAUUAGAAGCCGAGAAGCAGAAGGUCCUUGAUGCCGGGCCAUGGUCCUUCUCUAGCAACCUUCUAGUGCUCCAGCAAUGUGAUCCUGACAUACCUGACAUUUGCUAUGAUUUCUCUCAUUGUCCUUUUUGGGUGCAACUAUUUGGAUUACCUUUUGGCAGAGUUACGACGGAGGUAGUUAGAGAGAUUGCUUCCAAGACAGGAGAAGUUCUGGAGGUGAAACUGGAAGCAAAAGGAAAUAGUAACUAUAAGGUUGGGAAAACAAGAAUCAAGCUGAACCUAGCUACACCUCUUAAAACAGGGGUAGUGGUAAACUUGGGAAACAAAAAAUUGUGGAUCGAGUUCAAAUAUGAGAGGCUACCACACUAUUGCUAUUCUUAUGGGCGAAUUGGUCAUUACACCACGGCCUGUAAAGAGAUACCUUACAAAACUACAAGGUUAGAGGAAGACCUACUGGGAAACUUCAGCAAUUGGCUACAAGCAGAAGUCAGGGAACUCAGCCCAUAUGGGAAAAUUUUUUAUGGAAGACAAACCCAGCUUAUUGAUGAUGUAGAAAUGGUGCCGGAAUCUCCAAUGGAAGCGCAAUCCCAUGAAUCUUAG